GUGGUAAUAAUGGAGUAACAACUCCAUAGUUCGAGGCCAGACAGCUUGGCUUUCGGAUAAACGUUUAAAAUAUAAAAAAAAUUGAGAAAAACCAAGGAAUAAAAAAAGCAGCUCAUUUUUUUUUUCCUUUUUUGAGUUUGAAUCCUCAAAAAGUAAAAAAAAAAAGUCUAUAUUUUAAAAUAAUAAAAAAAUGGAAAAAUUUGGAGAGUUGCCAAAAAAAGAAUGGAACCAAAGGUUGAGUCUGCGAGGAAGUCGACGCAGUCAUCAGGGUGAGCUUGGAACAAGAUCACUGAAUGCUUCAGUUCGGAGUACAAAAAGAUGGGCGAGCUUAAGACAGCACGUGACAAGUGGUGGUGAAAGUAAAAAGCCUAAUGUGGAUUUAUUGCUUAAUUAUGAUACAUCAACUCCAAGAGCACAAACACCUAGUUCACAGCCUCAUUCACCAAAUACACCUCGUACACCUCAUACACCACUUAAAAAAUCAAAUUGGGAAGUUAUUGAGCAUUUUACUGGUGCACCACGACCAUCAAUUGUUACGAUGGGAGUUGGAUCAGAAAUUGGUGUUAGUUUAGCAUCAACUGGAAUGAAUGAUGUUAAAUUUGAUCUUGCUUUACAUGCAGACUUGACAAAUCGACAAAAAUGUGGCCUAAGUCGAUUUUUAAGUACUCUUUGCAAGUCACAUCGCUUCAAAAAUCUUCAGGUAGAAAUGCUGUAUCAACGUUAUUUUUUGAGAAUGAAUCAAAGCAAUAUGACACAUGUGUUGGGUCUAUUAACAGGACUAUCCAUUGCCCUUGGAUUGCUUGUUCUUAGAUUAAUAUUCACGAGUGAACAGUCCUUUAUCACUCUCAUACGAAGAUCUGAGAAUCUCUCACUGUCUCUGACACUUUUGGCUUGUAUUGCAAUUUAUGCAGUUCUAGUUGCUGCAAUAUCAAGACCUGGCAUGAACGAAGUUUGGCUGGCUGGAGUUUCUGGAGCAAUUUUAGUUACUCUACUGGCACUUCAAAUAACACUGACAGUUCAUUUGGCAUACUUGUCAAAUUUAAAAGAAAGUGAGCUACAAUUUGAUGAUGAAAAUGUAAAAAAUAUUUAUACAACAAAAAAAAUUUCAAAAUUAAAAAUUGAUAAUAUGCGUACUGGUGGUCCACUAGCAGCAGCUUGGGCUGUUUGUUUUUUCAUCUAUAUGGCUUAUGCUUUAUUACCAAUUAGACUACGAUACGCUUGUAUUGCUGGUUUUAUAUUUUCUGCUGCUCAUCUUAUUGGAGCUUUGUUGCUCUAUUCAAAAGAUUAUCCAGCUAUGCUUGCUCACCUGCUGAGUUCGAUUGUUGUUGUUGGAGGAACAAAUGUAGCUGGUGCAUUGACACAUCAUCCUCGUGAACUAGCACAAAGACAGGCAUUUUUAGAAACUCGUCAAUGUGUUGAAGCAAGAUUAACUACCCAGCGAGAAAAUCAACAGCAGGAAAGACUUUUACUCAGUGUUUUACCACGUCACGUAGCUAUGGAAAUGAAAGCUGAUAUUGCUGGAAAACCAAAAGACACGAUGUUUCAUAAAAUAUACAUUCAAAGACACGAAAAUGUUAGCAUUCUUUUUGCUGAUAUAUGUGGAUUCACCUCGUUAUCUGAUCAAUGCACUGCCGAAGAAUUAGUUCGUCUACUCAAUGAGCUUUUUGCAAGAUUUGAUCGACUUGCAGCAGAGCAUUAUUGUUUGAGAAUAAAGCUCCUUGGGGAUUGUUAUUACUGUGUUUCCGGUUUGCCCGAGCCACGACCUGAUCAUGCUCAAUGCUGUGUUGAAAUGGGGCUUGACAUGAUCGAUGCUAUUACACUCGUUAGGGAAGUGAUGGCAGUGAAUGUCGACAUGAGAGUUGGCAUUCAUACUGGUCGUGUACAUUGUGGUGUUCUUGGCUUAAGAAAAUGGCAAUUUGAUGUAUGGAGUAAUGAUGUUACUCUAGCAAAUUACAUGGAGAGUGGAGGAAUACCAGGACGUAUACACAUAACGAAAGAAACCCUUGACUGUCUUGGUGGUGAUUAUGAAGUGGAAGAAGGCCAUGGAAGUGAAAGAAAUUCAUAUUUAAAAGAGCAUAAUAUUCAAACGUAUCUUAUUGUACCAGGUGAUACAUUUAAAGAUAAUGUAACGAGUCCAUGUUUAAAAAAAACUUAUCAAUUAAAUGGUAGUAUUUCCAAAGAAAUGAGAAUGAUGGGUCAUGGCUCUCAACAUGGUAAACAAACAAAAUCUGAUAGAUUAUGUUUUGGUGAAACUGUUGAAUGUGAAAAAGAUCCAGAUGAUGAAGUUAAUGAGUACUUAAUGAGAGCUAUUGAUGCAAGAAGUAUUGAUAGACUUCGUGCUGAACAUUGUAUUCCAUUUAUUCUGACAUUUCGUCGACCAGAUAUUGAAGAAAAAUAUUCAAGAGAACGAGAUCGUAUGCUAUCCGCGUACUUUGUUUGUUCGGGUUUUGUAUAUAUUGUUGUCGUGGUUUCCAUAGCAAUCACUCUGUCUGGGAGUAUAUAUUUUUAUGCAUGUACAGCAGUCAGUUUGCUUGUGAUUGCUCUUAUAAAUGGAAUUCUCUUGGCUGAAAAAAAUGAGACAAUGCCACAAUGGAUAAGAAAUGUAUCAGUGUCAAUUUUUGAGAAUCGAAUGAUUGCUCAGAGUAUCGCUUCAGUUGUUGUCUUCCUAACUUUCAUUACAGUACUAUCACCUUUGGUCACGCUUGACAAUAGCAAUGUCUGUUGCAAUAUGACUUCACCAGCAGACACACAUGACAAUUUAACUGUGAUUGUACAAAGUACUCAAGUUGCCCAAGGGCCCUGUUACUAUACUCUCUUUGCAGAUUUAUUUCCGGUAUUGGUGAUGUUGGUGAUGGUUACAUGUGCUGUCUAUCAAAUUCUAACAUCUGUAUUUAAAGUUGCAGUACUUAGUAUUGUUGUUGCUUGUUAUCUUAUUGUCAGCAUGUAUCAAGCACUUGAUGAAGAAAAUAAUGAUCAAACUGGAAGAUGGCUUGCUGGUGUUUUAGUUAUUUUUUUUAUGGCAUUUCUUGUUGCACAUUCACAACAUACCGAAGCAACUUAUCGUCUUGAUUUUCUUUGGAAACUUCAAGCAACUGAAGAAAAAGAUGAAAUGGAACAUCUCAAAGCAUAUAAUCAAAAAUUACUUGCAAAUAUAUUACCAGAACAUGUUGCUGAACAUUUUCUCUCAACAUUUAAUUCAGACGAAUUAUAUCAUGAACAAUGUGAUUCAGUUUGUAUAAUGUUUGCAUCAAUACCAAAUUUUUCGGAAUUUUACGUUGAGCUUGAAGCAAAUAAUGAGGGUGUUGAAUGUUUACGACUCUUGAAUGAAAUAAUUGCUGAUUUUGAUGAAAUUUUAGCUGAUGAAAAAUUUCGUUAUAUUGAAAAAAUUAAAAGUACUGGUGCAACAUAUAUGGCAGCUUCAGGUUUGACAAAAAGUACUCGUGAUACAAAAGACUUUAAACACGUUGUGGCAAUGGCUGAUUAUGCUUUACGUAUACGUGAUCAAUUGGCAUAUGUUAAUGAGCAUAGUUUCAAUAAUUUUCGUAUGCGUGUUGGUAUUAAUAUUGGACCAGUUGUUGCUGGUGUUAUUGGUGCAAGAAAACCACAGUAUGACAUUUGGGGUAAUGCUGUUAAUGUUGCAUCACGUAUGGAUUCAACUGGUAUACUUGAUUGUAUACAAGUUACACAAGAAGUUAAAGAUAUUUUAAGUGAUAAAGGUUAUUCAUUGACUUGUCGUGGUACAAUACAAGUUAAAGGUAAAGGUAGUAUGAUUACGUAUUUUCUUGAUGGACCAAGAGAUACAAAUAAAAUGGAAACAAUUCAAGAAAAUGAUAUUUAUGCUAAUAGUAAUAAUUCAAUUGAUCAAAAAAUUACAUCGAAAAAUGGCCUUACAUAUUGAGGCUAUUUAAAAGAAAAUCAAUGAUGAUUAAAAUACUAUAUAUUUAUAAUAAAAACAAUUUUUAAUAAUGAUAAAUUACAUUGAGCUUAUAGACUCUUUGAUUUUAUCUUGACAAUUAAUGUUCGAUAAUUGGUAGUUGUCUUUAUUUGACUGAUAAAAAAUUCAAUUAUUGAAUUAAGGUAUCUUGAAGUUUGUAGUUUCAAGAUACAAUAUUCAUUUAAUCAAAAAUUUUGAAAAAAUUCAUACGUCAUUGAUAAAAUAAAAAAGUAAAUUUUGAAAUUAAUUCAUCAUGUUGAUAAUGAUGAAAUUAAAUAUAUAUUUAAUAAUUGCGCACAGUCAUACCUUGAAAAUUCAGAUAUAUAUAUUUACAAAUUAUAUAAAUAAAUAAAAAAUAUAUAUUUAUUUCUAUGUUAAUUUUUUAUAAUAAUUUUGUCAAAUUAAUAUGAGUUAAGUGACAAUGUUUAUUAUAAAAAAAAAAUACUAAUUUCAAUAUUGUGAUAGAUAAUAGUUAUUUGAUGGUAAACUUUUUCAUUAUGCAGUAAUAGUUUACUGCAAAAUUGUAUAUACUAAGUUAAAUUUUGUUGAUAAUGUUGAGAAUUAAUUAUCUUAAUGAAAUUUUAAAAUUUAUAUACGUAUUAUGAAACACUGAAAAUUAAAAUCUAUUUUUAUUUAAAACUAAAAUAACAAUAAUUUAAUUAAUAAAAAGAAAUUAUUUUUGAAUUAUUGAAAACGAAAUCGUUAUUGGCACCGAUACGGGGAAAUUUACGGGAAAUACGGGGACAUUUACGGGUUUCACACACAAUGUAAUCAGUCCUACACACACAAUGGUGGCUAUAUUUACCGUAAAUUUUUCUGUAAUUUGUAUAAAUGUCCCCGUAAGUUCCCCCGUAUUCGGUGCCAUUAGCGUUACUGUAUUGAAAAAACAAAUUUAUAA